GUGACUUGAUGUAACUCUGUGGUUUAUCAGAAGAAGUGCCAGUCAGUGAAAUUAACAAACUGCCUCAUUGGAGAAAGACUUCUCUCUGAUCCAGCUUCAGCUGACUUGUUUGGGGAGGUGGACUGGUUCUGCUGCUGAGGUGAUGAGUGUCCCGUCAUUCCUGUCAGUGAGCAUGUCAGCCAACAUGUUUCUGAUUGUCCUCUUUGUGCCAGGGGCUCGGACUCAGUGCCCUGCAUGGUCAGGUCUCUUCAUCACUUCACCUCAGAGGAUGGAGGCUCUGAAUGGAUCUUGUUUGCUGAUCCCGUGUAACUUCAGCUCUAAAUAUGAAAAUCAGUUUGUCAGCACAAGAGAAACAUCUGGACUGUGGUUCAAAGAAAACCAAAUUACAUACUUUCCAAGAAAUGUGGUUUUUGACAGUAGUGGAGCAGUUCUCAAAUAUCCAAUCAACAUAACUGGAGACCUGAAGGAGAAAAACUGCACCACUCUGUUCUCCAACGUCAAUGCAACAUUUAAAGGCAUUUACUACUUCAGGAUCAUGAACUGGCCAUUCAGGGCAAAUGCUAUAUGUGACCCUCUGAACAUAACAGUGAGAGAUUCUCCUCGGAGCCCCAGAAUAGAGAUCCCAGGAGACCUGAAGGAGGAGGAGUCUGUCACUAUAACCUGCUCAGCUCUCACUCCCUGUCCACACUCUCCUCCUAAACUCACCUGGAGUCUCCAAAGUGACUCUCUCAACAACAUGGAGGAAAACACAGAUGGAACCUUUACAACUCAAAUCCAGGAGAGCAUCACUCUGUCAGAGCACCAUGAUGGAUACAACAUCACCUGUUCUGCCACAUAUCCUGUGAAUGAAGGCAGAGAUGUGAGGACAGCAGAGGAGACAAAGACUCUCAAUGUUUCAUAUGCUCCUAAAAACACCUCAGUGUCCAUCAGUCCAUCAGGUUUGGUGUCAGCAGGUACCCUGGUUAACCUGACCUGCUCCAGCAGAGCCAAGCCUCCUGUCAGCAGGUUCACCUGGUUCAGGAUCAGCAACAACAGACCUGUGAACGUAUCUGAGGGAGAGUCUUACAGCCUUAAUGUGACUGAAGGAGGAGUUUAUUACUGCGUGGCCACAAGUCAUCUUGGUAAUGGAACUUCAGAGAAGAUAAAUCUGACUCUUAAAGAUGAAGGCUUCUCCAGUAUUUCUCUAAUAUGGAAAGCAGUGGUUGGAGGUAUCUUUGGGAUCAUUGUGUUCAUCUGUCUGCUUCUCUUAGUUUGGCGUUUCAAAUCUAAAGGUCCAAGUCCACAACAGACUCAGAUUCAAACAGGGGCCCGGAUGCCUGCCGAAGAACCUGCAGUAAAAACAGAGGAAGAAGAAGAAGAACAACACAUCCAUUAUGGAGAGAUAGACUUCUCCAAACUGAGACAUGAACCAUCCUCUGACUCAGUGCAGGACAGAGGACAGCAGCAGGACACAGUGUACGCACAGGUCAAAGUGUCUGAGACAACAAACAACCAAACACAGAGUGCUGACAGCACAGAGGGUCUCUAUGCAGAAGUAAAGAAAAGAACUGAACCAAGCGGAGGGGUGACACCUGAUACAUGAGGGACACAAAGUUUGAGGAAGUUACCAGGGACAAAAAUAUGAAAUGGAUAAGGAACUUACUGUAAUUAUACCUUAGAUACACGAGUAACUCUUUAUAACUUCAUUGAUGAGAAAAUAAUCACACAUAACUUUCAUGAUAAAGAACUCUGAAUAAAAGUGUUGAUCUAAAGAGUUGAUGAACAUGUCAGAGUAUAAGUCCACUUCACAGAGUUACUUUUCACUGAGGGAACUUUAAGUCUGUAUUUGGCUCAUGUUAGUCUGCGGAUGAGUCUUUAUUUGAGGUCUUUUUGAAAAGCUAGUUGAUUAUUAACACAGUAACACUAAGUUGGCUUCUGCUAUGUGUAAA